AUGCGAGAGUGGACCAUCUGCCCAGCUCCCAAUCUCUUUGCCCCAGGAGCUGCUUUUCAAGCCCAAUGGCCAGAAGGCUUUGCCCGAAAGGUCUGGUGCCAGCGCCGUGGGGCCCACCUCCUCCCCUCGUGGGACCAGCAAGCCAAGGAGGCCCUCCAGAGCCAGAUGGGAGAUGGGACCAAGAGCUGGAUUGGGCCCAGUGCGCAGGUGCCCCGGGAACAGGAACAGCACCACACAGCUGGGACCUCCACGGCCACUAAGUGCCAGGCCCUUGUCCAGGUUGGGGACCAGUUCUGGGCCAGAAGGAUGGGCUGUUUGCACAAGCUCUUCUUCAUCUGCCAGGCUGGACCUCACAGGGCCCAACGGGAAGCAGCCAUCUCCCAGCAAAGGCGUUCGACCUGCCAGCGGCUCAUCUGCAGACAGAGACCCCCGUGGAGGAGAACCACACCCAAGGCCCCUAGCCUCACCAUGGGGCCAGGGAGCCCUCCUCAGAGCCCACAGCCCACCACCCAGACUCUCUCUGCAGCAAGGAAGGAGCUCAGCACCGCCCAGAACAAAAUCACCAUCCAAAGGCCAGAUCCAGGCCCCAACCAGCCCUCAGAGAGGGAUCCUUCCCCAGGAGGAGCCACUAGGACCCCCUUGGAAAGGACAGAAAGCCUGGGGACUGGGACUUUCCCUUUCACCCCCCUGCAAGACCUCUCCCCAGAGGCCCAGGUGCAGGUCCUGGAGAGACUGCUGGACCAGUUCAGCCAGUUAGCAGCAGGGCCACUAGGGCCAAACCCAGAGGGAGAAGCUCAGAGGCUGCAGAGUCUGACCAGCUCCCCUGCUCUUCUCUCCGGGAGUGCCCAGGCAUCUGCCAGCCGCAGCCUCCUGGCUCUCAGCACCCACCUCCUGAAGAGUGAGAGGGACCCUCCUGCCACUGACACAGACACCGCUGCUGCCACCAGUGAUGCCUGGCAGGAUCUCUUCCAGACCCUUGGAAACCUCCUCCAGGCCAUGGACCUCUCCAGUGGGGGCCAGAGAGAGGAGGAAGUGGUGGCCCUGGAAGAGAUGCUGGCCUCGCUGCCCCUCAUCCAGAGGGGGCUCCUGCUGGACCAGCCCCCAGCGACAACAACAACAGUGGUCUCUCCAGUGCUCAGCACCACCCUCAGCAGCUGCACAGCAGCCUCCCUGCCCCACAGCUCCUUCCAUGUUCCCCAGCCGAGGCCCCUGACAGUCACCUUCCCCUCCGGCCCAGCAUUGGAGCUCCUGCUGGGGCAGCACAGCCGCAUCCAGGUCCAGGUGGCCUCCUUUUCCCUCAACCCCUUCAAGCAUCUGGACAGGAGGCCAAUCGGAAGUAUAGCCAGUGUGGCUCUGGCAGCCGAGGAGGGGAAGGAAGAAGGGCUCCUCCAUGUCCAGGGCCUGGCAGAGGAAAUUGAGGUGGGGUGCUGCAGUGGAGUGGGCCAUGGGGGAGCCCUCCUUGGCUCAUCAUGGGAACCGGGGAGGUGGAUUGAGCUGGGCGGAGAGGCAGGUGGCAAAGAAGCCUCCGCCGUGAGCAGUGUGACUGGGUUGGGCACUGAGAACUUCAGCCUGGCAGUAAACGUCACGUCACUGGAGGAUGCCCUUCUGGUCUCCAUGAGAGCCAGCUCCCCGCUGCGGAUCAUCCUGUGCCUCCUGGGCUUCCCUCCCUCCAGCAAGGGCAGCAGUGGCUGUCUCCUGAACACCACCGUCCUCGAGGCCCAGAAGGAAGAGGGUGCCUCUGUGUGGGUCAUCCCCCCCGAAAGCCUCCAUCAUGGCCUGGGCACCUACUUCAUCUCUGGAGAGGUUGCCCCUGCUUUGAAUGGCACUUGGAACCUCUCAGUGUGCAUCUACAGCACUGGGUGCUAUUACUGGGCCAGCCAGGACCAGGCCUGGAGAACCGAUGGAUGCCGGGUGGGCCCUCAGAGCACCUUGCUCAGUACCCAGUGCCUGUGCCGCCACCUGAGUUUCUUUGGGCGCCUCUUUCUAGUCCUGCCCCAUGCGAUUGACCUCCAGCACACAGGUCUUCUGAGCAGAGUGGGCCAGAACCCAGCUGGAGUGGCCCUCCUCAGCGUCCUCUUGCUGGGCUAUGCAGCUGCCUUCCUCUGGGUGCGCAGGAGGCAGAGGGAUGACAUCAGGAGGGUGAGAGUCACGGUCCUGGCAGACAACGAUCCCAGUGCCUGCUUCCUCUACCUGGUCCAAGUCUUCACAGGCUAUCGCCGAGGGGCAGGAACCUCUGCCCAGGCCAUCCUGACACUCUAUGGGGCAGAGGGACGGAGCCGCCCCCACGUGCUGCGGCACCCAGGGGCCCUUGGGGGCUUUGAGCGUGGUGGGAUGGAUGCCUUCCUCCUGGCUGCUCAGAGGCCUCUGGGAGACCUCCAUGCUGUGCGACUUUGGCACAAUGAGGCUGGACCCAAUCCCAGCUGGUUUGUGCAGCGGCUGGUUGUCCAAGACCUGAGUGCGAGAAAGAGAUGGCUCUUCCUGUGCAACUGCUGGCUGGCAUCUGACAUGGACGAUGGGCAAGUGGACAAGGUCUUUGUGGCUGCCUCACAGGAGGAGCUCCUGUCCUUCUGGCACCUCUUCUGGGCUGGGCUGGUGAGGAAGCUGACGCAGGAGCACCUCUGGCUCUCAGUCCUGACCUGCUCAGCCUGGAGCCCCUUCACCCGGAUCCAGCGCCUCUCCUGCUGCCUGACCCUCCUCCUCUGCUCCAUGCUCAUCAACAUCAUGUUCUGGAAGGAGGCCCCGGAGCAUGGGAGCGACCCAGAGGCAGGGCCCUUCGUGGUGACGUGGCGGGAGCUGGUGGUCAGUAUGCAAGCUGCCGUCCUCAUGCUGCCGGUGCACCUGCUGGUUGUCCGUGUCUUCCAGUUGGUCCAGUCUCCCCCUGGGGCCCCACUCGUGCCGCCUCCGGCCAGCACUGAGAUCCUGCACCCACCGCCGCCUUCCUCACAGGCCACCCCGCUCACACACCUCCAGGAGGAGCUGAUGAAGACGCUGGGCUUCCUCUACAAGAAUGUCCUCUGGCAGCGCAGGGAGGCGGACGGCUUCCCGGGGGCUCUGCAGCAGGUGCCCGAACUGGUGGGCAGCCUCUGUGGCCUCAUCCGGUCCCAUCUCCUCCAAGGCCUGGAAGACCCAGGAGCUCCCCCUCAGGAAAGGUCCCGCUGCCUCCACAGCUACUUAUGCCGUGUGGUGAAGGAUCUGGAGGCCCAGCUUCGUGGCCUGGACUGGAGCAGCCUUCCCAAGCCCUAUGACCAUCUCCAUGCUGGGGAUCAGCUGCGGCAGCUCUGGAAGCACCUGGAGUGCCACCUGCCCCCGAUUGCACCCGCUGCCCCCGAGGGGCCCAGCCCUCUUGGGCACUGCUGCUGCUGCUGCUUCAUGAGGCCCAGUGGCUGGCAAGGCAGCCCCACAGCUGAAACGCUAGUCCAAGAAAAGACUCCAGGGCGGCCCUCCUGGCGCCUGCCUGGCCGGUUUUCCUUCGUCUGCUGGCUCUUGGUGGGUGUCCUCAACCUGGUGGCAGCCUUCUUCACAAUCCUCUACACUCUCCAGAUGAACCGGGAACAGGCUAGUGGCUGGGCUGUCUCCAUCCUGCUGUCGGUGCUGCAGAGCGUCUUCCUCAUACAGCCGCUCAAGGUCCUGGUCCUGACUCUCCUUUUCUCACUGAUGCGCAUGAAGCAAUUGUGGCAGAAUGAGGGGCAGGAGCAGCAGCUUCACCGGGUGCUGAGUACCCUCCUUUCAGAAAGGCAGCAUUGCCCUGAAAGUCCAAGCCCCCAGCGCUGUGCUGAUCCCCUGCCCAGGCCUCCGGCCCUCAAGCCCAUGGCAAGGGCCACAGAGCGGGCCCUGAAGGAGAAGAGGUUGCACUCUUUGCUACGAGAGAUUGCAGGGCAGCUUGUUUUCCUGGCCGUCCUGAUGGUGCUCUGCUACAUUGAGAGGAGCCCCAACGAGUUCUACCUGAGCGCUGCCCUCCAGAGGAGGCUCACAGCCCAGAUGGACGAUGUUCGGGUUGCCAGGCAGUUCUAUGCCUGGGCCAGGGGGACUUUACUGCCCGCUGUCUAUGGCGAUGCUGCCCACAGCAAGCGGGGAGGCCAUGGGGCAGACUGCGGCAGAUCCGGGUGGAGGAGUGCCCCCCCCAAGUCUUGGCUGCCCCUCCAUCUGCGCCAGGAGCCCUGGGCCACCAAGAAAGGGCAGGAGAGGGAAAGCCCUGUUGCUGCCAACUGGGGACUGCCUGGCAGGGUUGGGAAGGCUCAAGAGACAGGCGCCUGGGUCUACCAGCCUGAGAGCACCCUGCAGGAGUACCCCAUCUGGGGCAGGUUUGCUCUCUACCCAGGAAGCGGUUACCUCGCCAACCUUGGCACUAACGCAAGCCACGCCAAGAGGGUCCUCCGACAUCUGGCGCGACAUCACUGGCUUGACAGGGGGACACGCGCUGUCUUUGUGGAGAUGGUGGUCUACAAUGCGAAUGUCAACCUCUUCUGCGCAGUCACACUGAUCCUGGAGGGCGACGGGAUUGGGGCCCUACAGGGCAAAGCGAAUCUGUGGGUCCUUCGCCUCCACGCCAGUGGCCACACUCUCGUCCAUGUGGUCUGUGCCCGGGCUGCCUUCCUCCUUCUCCUCCUGGGCCAUGCCCUGGUGCAGGGCAAUCGGCUGGUGCGGCAGAAGUGGCACUACUUUGGCAGCAAGAAGAACCUGCUGGACGCAAGCGCCCUCUUCAUCGGCCUGGCUGCCUUCGGGCUCCACAUCAAGAGGAACCUCCUGGCUCAACGGAUCCUGGCGCAGCAUCACCAAGACCGCCACCAGUUCCUCAGCCUCUAUGAGGUGGCCGAGAUGGAUGCAACGGUCACCCACCUGAUUGCCUUUCUGGUGGCCCUGGCCACUGUCAAACUGUGGAACCUUCUGCGCCUCAACCCCCGGAUGCAGCUCAUCACACAGACGCUUCAGGCCGCCUGGGAGGACCUCCUGGGCUUCCUUCUCAUGCAGCUGGUGCUCCUGGCAGGUUACAGCAUAGCGUGCAACCUCUUGUUUGGCUGGAGCAUCUCAGACUACAAGACCUUCUUGGGCUCAGCUGUGACCAUCGUGGGCCUUCUGAUCGGGAUCUUCAAUUAUGAAGAGGUCAUUGCUUUGGACCCUGUGCUGGGCUCCAUCCUGAUUGCCACCAGCAUUUUCUCCAUGGUCUUUGUCAUCAUCAACCUCUUCGUCUCUGUUCUCCUGACAGUCUUUGAGCAGGAAAUGAAGGCUGCCAAGGCCAGUAAAGAAGAAUCGAUGCUGGAGCUGAUUCAGUUCAAGUUCUCACUCCUCUUUGGCAUCAAGCAACAGGUUCCACUGGCUGCAGCUGCUGCCCCAAAGGAAACCCAAGACUGAAGUAGCUGCCUGUCCCACCCACGCAGAUUGUGGAUGGGCACCAACUGCAAUCCAUGAGGCAGCUGAAACCCACCUGGACUGGCAGGGAGACCUGCAGGAUUUCCUGUAAGGCUCUGUCUUUGGGGCAGAAGCACCUCCUUCCCUCCGCU